CCCGCCAAAAAUGCUGAGGGUUCUCUGAAACCCCAUACUUCUGUCUCUCUUACACUUCCCUGUAACACGCACGCCUCUCUCUCUCUCUUAAUUUUUUCUAUCGUCGCUUACUAUGCACUCCCCUGAAACACACCCCCACACUGUCCAUAUGUUUUCUCGCUCACCCUAAAUUCUUUUCCCCAAGCUCGUCUCUCUCACUCUCUCCUCUCUCUCUCUCUCUCACACACACAUUUUACUUCCUGCGCAUUUCUUGCAUUGUGCUCUCUCUUGCCAUUGCUCUUGCCCUAACUGCUCCUCCUCUCUUCGUUUCUUCACCCAUCUCUCUCUCUCUCUCGUUCAUUUCCUUUCUUCAAACUCGCUCACUAGUGUGCCCUCCUUCCCUCUCUCUCUCUGCUUCAAGCCUCACCAUAAACUUGUAUCAAACGAAUAUCACAAUCUCUCUCUCAUGGCUCCUACAAAGAGAACAAGCAGUGGCGGUACACCUGCUCCCCAACAACGCCCAAUAACCUUUUUCUUCUCUCCUGGUAAGCCCGCACCAUCUCCACCUCAAGCGAAGGAAAAAUCCAUUCUAUGUAUUGGGCCUUCACUUUCUCCACUAGAAACUUCUGCCCUAAAUUCUGGUUCUCCUGUAAAUUUGGCUGAAUCAGCUCCAACCAAAUCUGCCUCAAAAACCACCUCAAAAUCUUCACGGAAAUUAGAUGAUUCAGGGAGAGUAGUUAGUUCUUCUCCAAACACGAGUUCGAACUUUGAAUCUCCAGUAAAUUUAUUCAAGUCUGGGUCUUCAAUGAGUCCUGCAUUGGCAUCAAAAUCUUCACGAAAUUUGGGGACAUCACCGUUAUCAAAUGGCUGUACGACUGUUUCAAAUGGAGAGGGAGUUCUGUAUGGCGAGGAAUUUGUGGGGAGGAGAAUUAGGGUUUACUGGCCCUUGGACAAAGAGUGGUAUGAAGGUUGUAUCAAGGCUCAUGAUAAGCCUAGUGGGAAGCAUAUUGUUCUUUAUGACGAUGCUCAGGAAGAGGAAUUGGAUUUGGAGAGGGAGAAGAUUGAGUGGGUUGAGCCACCCUCAAAGAGGCGUGGUCGCCUUAGAAGGGUUUCAGACACUGAUAAGCGCGCAAUAUCAUUUGAGGAUGAGACAGAAGAGAAGGAAUUAUCAGUCAGUGGGGGUAUCAGUGACGAUUAUUUGGAUGAAGAUUGGGAUAAGAAUGUCAAAAAUGGAAUUAGCGAUGAUUCAGAUGAUGCUGAUUUGGAAUUGAAAAACCCAAGCCAAGCAUCGAAAAAGAGAAAAAAAGGGCAGGAUUCCAUUAAUUUGGGCUCCAGGAGUGGGCGUAAACCGAAAGGGGGUACAGAGGGCAGGUUUGAGAAGUCGGGAGAUUCACAAAAAUUCAACUUCAAAGACAAGGGGAAUGCAGUCUCUGAGAGUCCAAAGACUCCAAACAAUGUCCAUGGGGAGUUGAAACAAUGUCUACCCAAGGAUUGUCUCACAGCAGAUGUGGCAGGGCGGUUCUGUGCCCGUGAGGCAGAAAAGUUUGAGUUCCUUGGAACAGGACGUCGGGAUGCCAAUGGAAGAAAACCUGGAGAUUUAAAUUAUGAUUCUAAAACUCUUUAUUUACCUCAGAAAUUUCUGAAGGGUUUGACUGGUGCUCAGCGUCAAUGGUGGGAUUUCAAGUCAAAGCAUAUGGACAAGGUUUUAUUUUUCAAGAUGGGCAAGUUUUAUGAAUUGUUCGAAAUGGAUGCUCACACAGGAGCUAAGGAACUCGAGCUACAGUACAUGGCGGGAGAGCAGCCACAUUGUGGGUUUCCAGAAAAGAAUUUCUCUGUCAAUGUGGAAAAAUUGGCUAGAAAGGGUUAUCGAGUUCUUGUUGUUGAGCAAAUUGAAACACCUGACCAGUUAGAGCUCCGUCGCAGGGAAAUGGGUUCUAAAGACAAGGUUGUCAAACGAGAAGCAUGCGCUGUGAUUACGAAGGGUACGCUUGCAGAAGGCGAGAUGAUGUCUAUGAACCCUGAUGCUUCUUAUCUGAUGUCAGUGACUGAAGAUAUUCAUACAUCGAUGGAUGAGAAAAAUGACGAUACGAUCCUGGGUAUCUGCAUAGUUGAUGUUUCCACUAGCAAAUUUAUGCUUGGACAGUUUGGUGAUGAUGCAGAACGUCGUCGAUUAUGUUCAAUAUUAUCGGAGUUGAGGCCUGUGGAGCUUAUCAAGCCUACUGGUGCUCUUCAUCCUGAAACUGAAAAGGUUUUGAUUGUCCACACAAGAGACCCUUUAGUUAAUGAAUUAGUUCCAGGCUUAGAGUUCUGGGAUGCUGAAAGAACUAUUUCAGAGCUCACGAAUCUGUAUAAAUUGUUUAAGGAAAAUAUAGCACUUGGAUGUUUGAGUGAUACAGAGAAUUUAAGGGUAUGUGAGAAUCCCCAUAUUGGUGAGAGUGAGCUUGAAUAUCUACCUAUUGUCAUAUCUGAGCUAGUAGGUGCAGGCGAGAAUGGUCAAUAUGCUCUUUCAGCUUUUGGGGGCUGCCUGUUUUAUUUGAGACAGGCAUAUCUGGAUGAAUCUGUUCUCAGGUUUGCAAAGUUUGAGUCACUUCUUUCUCUGGGGGUUUCAAAUGCCCCACAGAGGUCAUAUAUGACGCUUGAUGCAGCUGCUUUAGAGAAUCUUGAGAUCUUUGAGAAUAAUUGCAACAGAGGCACCGCAGGAACGCUGUUUGCCCAAGUGGACCACUGUGUGACGGCUUUUGGGAAAAGGCUUCUUCGGAAUUGGCUGGCAAGGCCUCUUAACGACAUAGAUUCAAUUUUGGACCGUCAAAAUGCCAUUGCCGAUUUGAAGAAUGCUGCUUUAUCAUCUGCUCUUGAAUUCCGAAAAGAGAUGUUUAAGCUUCCUGAUAUGGAAAGGUUGCUGGCGCGAGUAUUUGCCAACAGUGAAGCCAAGGGGAGAAAUGCCAGUAACGUUGUCCUUUAUGAGGAUGCAGCAAAGAAACAGCUUGUACAGUUCCUUGCUGCUCUCCGAGGCUGUCAAUCCAUGGCCUCAGCUUAUUCGUCUUUUGCCAAUGCCUUAGACUGUAUGAACUCUAACGUACUUCGUCAUCUGUUGACGCCAGGAAAAGGUGUUCCUGACAUUGAACCCAUGCUGAAGUACUUUGUGGAUGCAUUUGAUUGGUCUGAAGCUGAUCGUACGGGACAUGUUGUGCCCCAUGAAGGUGGUGAUGUUGAAUAUGAUUCCGCAUGUAAAACUGUCAAGGAUAUUGAAACUUGUCUAGCCCGUCACUUGAAGGAGCAGAGGAAAGCACUUGGGGAUGCAUCAAUCAAUUAUGUGUCUGUUGGGAAAGACCACUAUCUGCUAGAAGUACCUGAAAGUUUGCAACAAAAUAUUCCUCGGGACUAUGAGUUGCGGUCAUCAAGAAAGGGGUACUUUAGGUAUUGGACUCCGGAAAUCAUGAAGUUCCUUGGAGAACUUUCUCAUGCUGAAGCUGAGAAGGAUGCUUCAUUGAAAACCAUCCUGCAAAGAUUUAUUGUGCAGUUCUGUGAGCAUCAUAAAAAGUGGAGGCAGUUAGUUUCUGCAGUUGCAGAGCUAGAUGCUUUGACAAGUUUGGCUAUUGCGAGUGAGUAUUUUGAGGGACCUGCUUGCUGCCCAACCAUCCUCAGAAUGUCUUCUUCCGGUGAUGGGAAAGAAGGCUUCAGUUUGUUCGCUGAAAAUCUGGGGCAUCCUAUUCUUAGAAGUGAUGCUUUAGGGAAGGGAUCAUUUGUUCCUAAUGAUCUGAGAAUUGGCACAGCCGAAGGUGCUAGAUUUAUCCUUCUAACUGGUCCUAACAUGGGUGGUAAAUCAACUCUUUUACGCCAAGUUUGCUUGGCUGUUAUUUUGGCACAGGUUGGGUCAUAUGUUCCAGCUGAGAGCUUUCAACUUUCACCUGUUGACAGAAUAUUUGUUAGAAUGGGUGCAAGAGACAACAUAUUUACUGGUCAAAGUACCUUCCUUACAGAGCUCUCAGAGACCUCGUCUAUGCUGAUGUCAGCUACAUCAAAUUCCUUGGUGGCACUGGAUGAGCUGGGGCGUGGAACAUCAACCUCAGAUGGACAAGCUAUAGCAGAUGCAGUUCUAGAACACCUUGUCCACACAAUAGGUUGUCGAGGCAUAUUUUCUACUCACUACCACCAACUAGCUGUGAAUUACGAGAAAGAUCCAAAGGUCUCCUUGUGCCACAUGGCAUGUCAUGUUGGCAAGGGUGUUGAUGGGAUUGAAGAGGUCACAUUUCUUUACAAGCUAACACCUGGUGCAUGUCCUAAAAGCUAUGGUGUUAAUGUUGCCCGUUUGGCAGGAAUCCCACAUUCUGUCCUCACAAAGGCCAAUGAGAAGUCAGUGGAAUUUGAAGCAAGAUAUGGUAAACGUGCAUCUAACUGUGGAGACAAACCACCGGAUUAUGGCAAUGAUGAGUUCUCAUUUAUCAAAGAGAUGGUGAAUAUCAGUAAAGCUUCAAACUGCCAUGAAAGGCUUGAAAAUUCAGAUAUGGGUCUUCUAAAUGAACUUCAGAGAAGAGUGAGGUUGUCUUUUCAGUGAGGAUGGUAUCACCAAUGAUCUCAAAAUGUGAAGGCCUGAGGAUAUAUAUGAGAUGCGUCCAGUUGCUUUGGAACUAGAUGUGGCAAACGCAGGUUCAUUGGGGCUUUCUUGGUUAUGUUAACGGAUCGAGUCUAGAGCAUGGAAGCAUUGGUAAGCAGAAGGCAACUUAGUAUGGAAGCAUUGGUAAGCCGAAGGCAACUUAGUUUUGCAAUUGAUUUAGUGUAUGGCUUUGUAUUUUGCCUUUUUGUGCAUAAAGGUCCUACUAAUCCAUGUAUCCAAGCAUGAUUUACUUGGUUUAGUGAACUUAAUUAUUGGGCUUUUAGUGGGAGUUUCUUUAGGAGGAUUUCUCCUCGAGAAUUCUCCACUGUAAUUUUGUCUAACAUGCCUGUAAUUAUUUGGUGUGCAUAUGCUGCCAAUGUUUAUCAUAUUUUUGUGCUAAUUCAGUUU